AUGGGACGAGUGAAGGAGGAACAGCCUGACGAUGACGACAGUAGCAUUGAGGGUUCUGAGGCUCCUACCAAUGAAGAAGCUGCCUCUAGGCAAAAGGUGAAGGGGGAGAAAGACAUGGAAGACUUCGUACAUCGCGAGGAUACACUUCUUGAUGAUGAGGAUGAUGAUGACGACGACGACAGCACCGCCUUCGCUGCUGUCGACGAACGUUUGGCUCCAUUCCAUGCCUCUACGAUUUCUGGGAUCAACAAGAAGAGAAAUCCCGACGAUCGAACCGAAGCAAGCUUUGGCUGGAAGGGUCGUGACAAUGACGGCUCAACGAUGGCAAGGCCACGGCAGGCGAAAAAGAGAACUAAAACGAGGCUCCGAAGAGGUGGGGCCUGCCCUCUCCCGAGCCAAACUCCCAGUGCUGAUGUAGUGCAAUCAACACCUGUGACUGCUGCUGCCGGUCGUCCCUCUAUCGGUAUGGCUCCUGCACCUUCUCACUCUUCACCAGCCCCGCCAAAUUCACCGAAGCCUAUACUUGCUCGAGCUUCGUCUGGUUCGUCUUCCACCACAGGAUCUUCAGCUGAUUCUCAUGUUUCGCCAGUGGUAUCUUCAGAAUUGCCUCGCCAGAUUGCUCUUGUCCCCUAUGGCGCUGGUAGUUCGCCGGAAGCCCCUGAUAAGAUCGUCUCAAGUCGCCCGAAGCCCGCCCCCUCCUAUCCUCCGGCUCUUGCAGACAACGUCACGUCGCAAACUCACGGUCCAUCUGACGCUCCAGCUCCCGCAGACAGAGGAUCUGUCACGCGACCUGUCAGGCCACAGUCCGGAAUUCCAGCCUCGAAGAAACACUCCGAAAAGCAGCUGGCUACAACUGGCAUCACUCCGCCUGUGCAAGAUCCCCUUAAAACACGUGCGUUCGGUUCGCUGGUCAAAGAACGUUUUGCUGGCAAGCCGAAAGAUUACUCUACAUUCUUGGAGUUAUCGGAGCAGAUGAUUCAACUAUUCAAGGCUCACAACAGUUCUGAUCUCCUUGGUAACAUUGGAUCGUUCUUUGAAAAUCCGGACGGAGUGUCAAAGAGAAAAGAUCAAGGCGUGAACCCAGGCCAAGCAAGGGCCGCAAACCCCGGUUCUAUGACCUCGACCACAUUGGCCAGAGCCAAGUCGAAAUCGCGCCCGCUGGCUUCUGCUCUUCCUAGCAGUUCUGCCAUAGCAGAGGCCAGUCGAUCCAAAGGUUCCAGACAUUCUGAGACCCGUGACAGCCCCCCAUGCCCACAUAGGACAAGAGAGUCUAUUCCAGAGAAUCCCAUCCACAGGCGACAACAGGUACCCUCCGCCAGACAGCGAUCCGACAAAAACAAGUAUGUUUUCCCAGCUUCGUUCCCUCAAGUCGAAUUUCUUCAUUUCCUGGAAGACGUACAGAAGCUCUCCGCAAAAAAUGUCAACGGCAUCAUUCGUCCAGCCAACAAGCUGAUCUGUGGCGAAGGCAUCCGUUAUAAGAGGUGGGGAAAGCGUGUCUUCAAGGGGAACAUCAAGGUCACGCUCUCAGAUGAUUUGGCAAAGCUCCUGAAUGAAGCCAAAGCAUUUGAGAACAAGCAUGGCGAAGACUUGGGCCAUGGUUGGCUAAUGCGGCAUUCCAUCAAAAAACUCGAUGAUUUCAAGACCUGGUAUAAGAAAAAACACCGAGUCUCUUUCAUGGAGCUUGACGAGUGCACCCAUGAACCAUGA